AUGGAAAACAAGAAGCUUGACGACCCUGGUGUCGCCGCCGCCUUAGCCCUACGGCCUCUAGUCCGUAGCCCAACCGCCGGUCGUUUGGGUCCACGGCGGACGUCGACAAUUGCUUCCAGCAGCAGCUCUUCGGCAUCCUCAGUGACUUCGUCUGUCGACGACGAGAUGCCGACUUCGUGUGUCUCACGCAGUACUUCGAGCGACGAGUGUGCCUUGCACAGAUUCAUUGUAUGGGCGGCCGUCAAGCGCAAUGCCUGUCAAAAGAUGACCCCAGAGGAGCGGCGGGAGUGCCCGUUGCUUCGUUGCCGGAAGAGAUUCCCCAACCAUGAGCUCAUGCUCCAACACCUGUAUUUGUGCGAUCACCUCGCCGGGGGGGAGUACUGGUGCUACGACUGCGAAAAGCCCGAGCAGCUCAGCGACGUCAAGUGCAGGCGCUGUCUGGGGCACCCGUCCAAGAGGAGGAAGAUCGUGACCAUGGCAAAGAGCUUCUUCAGUUCGUUGGGCCACAAACCAAAGUCUCAGGGCCUUGCUCUGGCCGCCUCCAUGGGAAUAGGCCCAGUUGCCAGCGGCGGCAGUGGGGGCGAGGACGAGCAAGAGCCUCCGAGCUACGAGUCCGUCUUCACGCCCACAGCGCCUACGCCUCUCCCUCCGCAGGCCGAGCUGUUCUCGACCGAGAUACAUGAGAUCGGUUCGAGCGAGGUGCUGCUCCCCACUAUCCCGGAGUGUGAGACCGAGACAGAGGCUAUACCCGCCCCUGGGAUGGUCCCCUGUCUCCCCCCAUCCACAUUCCCCAUCUCACCACCAGGCUCCCACCCGGUAGCCGUACCGCUGCCAUCGACUAUGGAAUCAGAUUUCAUAAAUUGGAGGCCGUCACCACCAUCUCCCCCAACUGUGGCACCACAAAGCCUGAUGAAGCCCAUUCACGGAAGGUUGGUUGAUCGUCCAACACUGCAGGUCAACACGCACCUAGACCAGUUUCGAGGCCAAGCAAGCCGUCGAAGCAAGGUGCUGGCGCCGAGCUCCUCUGUCCGGUCGACCGCCAGCACAGACAGCACCGAUAGCACUGAUAGCACCGCCAGCUAUAAUAUCUCGCCCAUGUCGGGCUGGUCCGGUGGAUGGACAAAGACGUCAGGCCUCGAGUCAACCUUGACGUCACCUGACGACCUCAUUAGCCCUCAGAGCCUCCUGCCCUCGGGCCCUUUUGCAACUACUAAUACCAUCUCGACAAGACCUAUUCCUUUCAGCAACUCAGAGUUUGAAAACAUGGUUGCCAACUCUUGUCCAUCUGAGCUUCCUGCUGACAUCCCCAUGUUUGAUGACAUUCCCACCGCCAUGGAUCCUCAAAAGACUCAAGCUCACAUGAGCCUGGACCAGUCUGCCUUUUCAUUCAAUGCCGAUAUACCAUUCCAAAUGCCCAUUGGCCCUCCGUUACCCUCAACUACCAACAUCAACCUUGCCCUAACACCACAACUACCACCACCACCGCCGCGGCAGACCUCGGAACCAGCUCUACUACAUGAUGUCGCCUCUUCUAGCCUCAACACUGUUACACAGUCUCUAGCCAGAUCCGUUCAAGACGCACUACGGAUGCACAUUGCCGACUCUAGGAACAAACUCGAGUCCAUCAACCAGAAUGCUCUCAUGAAGAGGCUGUGCCAGAUGUCUCUCUCCUCUGUCGCAGUGGCUGGUUUGGAAACCAUGGCGGACAUCUUAGAAGGCCGCCAAAAUGCAUCACCUCUAGACCUCUUAUGCUUCAUCCACGUCGUCUUCUCUCUGUCUCUGGUGAUCCAUGAACACGAUGCCUCGAAACGUGCUGCUACUCUCUUCAAGCAGGCACUAUUGUAUAGCAGCUGGUUCUCUGAACCUGACAGGACAUCGUUCAUUGAAGUCGUCAUCACCCUUUGGGAGCACUGUGAAGUGGACAACGACGAGAUUAUCCAACUAUUGCAAUCAAGCCCACCGAUCUCAGACUCAAAGGGCAAACAGCCAGAACGUUCUCUACAUGGAUUGAGAUCUGAUCCACUAGUACUACUUGCGGCAUACUUUUUGGAUGAACUCGAGUACGAAACGCUACAUGAACACAGCUAUAGAGGACAACCCUCUGCACUUGCCGACCAACACUACAAGGACAGCCUUGCAGCGGGUGCCAAUUCGCCGUUUGCCAUUACCACUAGAUUCAUAAUUGAAAACAUAUUUUCUCACCAGUACUCUCACUUUCCAGGAUCCGAGCUGGGCAUGAAACAACUUAUUGGCCAGGUCAACUCUGGUGGAGUGGGAACCGUGCGGCGGCUGGAGCUGGAGCUGAUGCAAGCUGGGAAGACUUAUCUCCCCUCCGAUGUGUUCUUCGACGAGUUUAUCGCGGUUGUUCGAGAGAAUACAGAUCAGCUAUACGCACAAAGGCCUUUUUCCAACUCCCGGUCAACAUAUCAUCGAUGCGGCGUCCAAGUCAUGAAAUCGCUAAUUAGUGAGCCUGGUAGAAGCUCGGCGGUCGUGCCUGUUAGGACCGGGGUAGAAUCAUCGGGCCUUUCCACUGAAACACUCGAUGCCAUCAUGGGAGUUAACUUUGACGGCUUUGAUUUUGAGUCAAUGGUGAACCUCAAUCCAGACGCCGAUGGUGAUAUGCCCGAGUCGGCGUCUGCUGUCGGGGCCCCACUCAUGGGCGCAGCGGAGUGGACGUCAGGGCCAACAACGGUCGAGUCAGUAGCGUUUGCAGCCACACCUGCAGCGCCUCUGGGUCUGGGUACUGACACUACUAUGCAGCUGAUGGAGGAGGAUCCGCUGAUGCCGCCGAAUGCCUCAGCACCCAGCAAACCAGAGCCUACAGCGACAGCACCACCACCAGCAACAGCAUCAACAGCAAAGGUCGAAUCUGACAGCUGCUGCGAGAUAUGCGGCUAUCGGCCCAAGGGCGAUCCUAGGUGGUUUGUGGGCAGCAUGGCCAAGCACAUGAAGACGAUACACAGCGAGAACCCACAGAUAUUCCGAUGUCCAUAUCCCGGCUGCACAAGCCAAUACAGUAAACGCGCGGAUAACCUACGACAGCACCAGAUUGAGAAGGGACAUUUUGUCGAUGGCGAGGGGAACCAGGGCCGGCGACCGCGCAAGAGGAAACGUCCGUCGGAGGGUGGCGGCGGCGGCGAUUGA